AUGCUUGAAUUAACAACAUUAAUGAUAUUUACUUGGCUGACACUACGUGUUCGUUAUUUUCAUAGUUAUAUUCAAAAUUUUGUUUUCUUUGAUAUUGAUAUUAAUAACAACGUUAUCGUCCGUUGGUUAUGCUCAUUUGUAAUGACAGACGAUCCAACAGCAAAUCAAAAAUCAGCUCAACAAACAGCAACAUUAUCAAUGGAUGGUUUGAUCAAUCUUAGACAAACAAAAGCCGGCUUAUGCGCAGCAUCAGCAUUUUUAAUACCGAAAAAUCUUAUGGCAUUUUUUGAAGAGAUACCAAUAGAUUCUUCGGAUAAACCACAUCCGCGUUCGGGUCAUCGAGCUAUAGCAACUGAAUCAGAUUUAUGGAUAUGGGGUGGUUAUUAUCCAGCUAAUGAUAAUCAACCAGAACGCAUGUUUCAAGAGCUUUGGCGUUACAAUUUUGCUCUUCGUCGAUGGACUCUUGAAACAACCACAGGCGAUGGACCGACUCUUACUCUUGCAUCUCAUUCGAUGUGUUUAUUUCGAAAUUCACUUCUUGUGUUUGGUGGAACAGGGUUCCCAUUUGGUCAACAUGUUUCUAAUGAUUUAUUUGUACUUGAUCUUAAACGACGUCAUUGGAAACGAUGUCGAAUACUUGAUGAGCAACCAGAACAAGUCUAUGGAGCCAGUAUGCUUGUGAAUGAUGAUCAUUUAUAUAUCUUGUGUGGCACAAAUAGUUGGACUUAUAAUUCAGAUGUGUACGAUAUUCAUUUACCUACAUUGACCUGUAAACAUAUAGGCCGUACAUUUGAUGAAAUUGAAGAUCCAAGUGAAACAGGAAGAUAUCGGCAAGAAGCUUAUAUAUAUAAAAAUAAAAUCUUUUUAUUUGGCGGUGGUGGAGUUUCUGGUAUAUCAUUUUCAUUUGAACAUUUACCUGUAUUUGAUCUUACGUCUGGGCGUUGGUCAUUUGUUCAAACGAAUCCCGAUCCAAUAUAUAAUUUUCCCACGGGGCGAAAAUUUCAUUCCAUAUUUCCAUUUCAUAAGAACCAAAUAAUUAUGUUUGGUGGUGCUCAUUUUCAUCAUUUAAUAAACCGUCAUAUUGCUGUUAACAAUCGUAUAUGGACAUUUGAUUUUGAAAAACUAGAAUGGUCUAUACUACCUAAAUUGACUAUGUCGCGACCGACUUAUUUUCAUGCUGCAGCUAUCAAUGAACGAGGUGAAAUAUGGACUCAUGGCGGUGUUGUUAGCGAAUCGAGAUCAAUUAAUGAUAUUAAUAAUUAUACUGAAAAACGUAUAACAUCAUUGCACAAAAUGCAUACACGAGUACAGAAUUUAAGUGAAUUAACUUGGAAUUAUUUUUUGAAUUCUCUACCGGAUCGAACUUGUCUUAUUACACAACCUGAACUUUUGGUUCAACUUGGUGUACCACCACGAUUUACUGAACGUAUUCAUUAA